AUGGGUUCGCUCGCGCAACCAGGACGAUUCGCCGUGUCGCGGAUUGCCAUAAUUGGUGCCGGACCUUCUGGAAUAUGUGCGGCAAAAUACUUUCUAGCCGAGAGUUGCUUUGAGAAGAUCGAUGUAUUUGAGCAGCAGGGAGAGGUUGGAGGAGUAUGGCACUACACCCCCCUUUUAGACGAGCAGAUUCCCAUACCUUCUACGACACCACACGUUCCUUUGCCCAAACCUAUCUGGCCCAAGGGAGCAAAAGCGCCUAUCUUCUCAAACCCCAUGUAUGAACGACUUAACACUAAUAUACCCAAAGAUUUAAUGGCAUUUAAUGAUCGGCCAUUUCCUGAAUCGAAUCUCUUAUUUCCUAGCCGACAGAAUGUGCAAGAAUACCUUGUCAAAUACGCUCAAAAUAUCCGGCAUCUUAUACAUUUCUCGACUCAAGUUGUUGACGUGCGAUCUCAGCUUGUCGAUGGUACCGACAAGUGGGAAGUAGUGUCCGAAUCAACGAUUACAGGUUCUUCGCAGAAGAGUAUAUAUGAUGCUGUGUUCGUUGCGAGCGGCCACUAUACCGUCCCAUAUGUACCAUCCGUGCCGGGAAUGAACGACUUCAAGGCUAUGUUCCCUGAUGCCAUAACACAUUCCAAAAUAUAUCGAUCCCCACGAGAAUUUGCAAAAAAGAAGAUAAUCGUCGUGGGAAAUGGACCAUCAGGGCUGGACAUUAGCACACAGAUUAGCGUGGUAUCUCAGAAACCAGUGUUGCUUUCAGUCACAACUCCCAAUGCAAGUGGCGCACUACUGGACAAAGAAGAGGUACCUCGCAUAUCCGAGUAUCUGCCCAACCGGAGGGGUGUCCGAUUCGAGGAUGGAAGAAUCGAAGAUAAUAUCGAUUUCGUUUUGUACUGUACUGGCUACUUGUACACAUUUCCCUUCCUGGAAUCAAUCGAGCCCCCACUCGUAACUACUGGCCGUCGAGGACUUGCUCUAUAUAAGCACCUGAUCAGUAUUGAUAAUCCUACCCUUGCAUUUCCUGUCAUGAUGCAAAAGGUCAUUCCAUUCCCGGUGUCCAGUGUACAGUCUGCUGUGGUUGCCAAGUUAUGGUCCAAUAAACUAGAGUUGCCGGAAGAGGAAGCAAUGAGAGCCUGGGAACGGAAACGAGCUGAGGAAUUUGGCGAAGGAACCUCGUUUCAUAUUCUGGGCUACCCAUCAGACGCCGAGUAUAUCAACGAACUCCAUGAAUGGGCUAAGAGCGCAGAUGAUGGCUUCACAAAGGAGCCCGCUUUUUGGGAUAAGAGAGCAUGCUACACGCGAGAGGUAUUUGCAGAGAUAAGAAAAAGGUUCGUGGGGACUGGUGGCCAUGCCAAAACCAUGGAAGAGCUUGGCUUUAGCUUCGACGACCUAGAGUUGCAGAUUCCAACGUCGCAGGAGCCAGAAGGCACACGGAAAUGA